CUUCCCGGUCAGCUGUAAACUUCGAUACCGACCUAUUCACACCUCGCCACUCUCUUUGUCUUGAAAUCCGUAAAACAAAUUCGCCUUGCGACGUCCAACAAGACAUAUUUCCUCAUGGCUCCCCAAACUCAAAAGCAAUGGACCGUUCAAGGUAUCGCCAAGGACUUUAGCAACUUGACGCUUAACAAGGAGGCUGCUAUCCCUGAGUUAGGCGAUCACGACGUGCUGGUCAAAUUUCACGGAGCAUCUCUGAACUAUCGAGACCUCGUCAUCGCCAAGGGUCAAUACCCCUUCCCCCAACGAGACAAGGUCGUACCCGCCUCGGACGGCGCUGGAACCGUCGAAGCCGUCGGGACGAAGGUCCACCGAUUCAAGACAGGGGACAAGGUCGUCACGCUCUUCAACCAGGCUCAUCUCUCGGGAUCUGUCGAUGAUUACAUCAUCACCACUGGGACUGGUGGAGUUAUCGAUGGAGCUCUUCAGCAGUACGGAGCCUUCAACGAGGACGGUCUCGUCCCCCUUCCUACCAACCUCGACUUUGUUGAAGGAGCCACGUUGACGUGUGCCGGUUUGACCGCCUGGAACGCUCUGUUCGGGUUGAAGCCCUUGCUUCCAGGUGAUUGGGUCUUGACCCAGGGAACCGGCGGUGUCUCAAUCUUUGCCAUCCAGUUUGCCAAGAUGAUCGGAGCUCGCGUCAUCGCUACUACCUCAUCCAAGGCCAAGGCCGACAGGGUCAAAGCGCUUGGUGCCGAUCACGUCAUCCUGUAUACCGAAGACGAGAACUGGGGCGAAACCGCCAAAAAGAUCGCUGGCUCCCGUGGAAUCCAGCACAUUAUCGAGGUCGGCGGACCCAACACCAUGACCCAAUCGCUCAAGGCCAUCGGAUUCGACGGAGUGAUCAGUGUGAUCGGCUUCUUGGGAGGAGUCAAGGGAGAGAAGCAGCCCUCGACCUUGGACGCCUUGACGAACAUCUGCACGAUCCGCGGGGUGUAUGUGGGCAGCCGGGCGCAGUUCGAAGAGAUGAACCGGGCCGUCGAGGCCAACAAUAUCAAGCCGGUCGUCGAUUCCAAGGUCUUUACGCUGGACCAGGUCAAGGAGGCCUACGAGUAUCAGUGGAACGCUAAACACUUUGGAAAAGUGGGGAUCGCUAUCGAAUGACUGCAUGAUGGACAGACCACACCAAAGUCCAAGUUGUAGCCGGGAUAGGGCAUAAAAACAGCUUCAACGAUGACAAGAUCAUGUUUCACAUCGCUAGUACACCCGUCGAGCGAAGAAGAGCCGCGGGUCAUUUGCAGGGCGAUCAAGAUCGACCUGGG